ACGUCAUCAAAAACAUGGACCUCUUUAUUGCGAAGAUUUCGCUUGGAGAGAUGAACCUUACGAGACAUGGAGCAGACUUGUGGCAUUGUUAACCUGCUAAAGACUUCAUUAUCCUCAAUUAUUAAGACCUGGAAUACUUUCUGAAGUUUGAUUAGCGCCAGUAUGCCAUUGGAGGGAACAAAUCCUCUCAUAAAUGCCCGCGACAGAUUAUUCCGCGCCCUGUUUUUCAAAAUGGCGCUUAUGUAUGCUCGCUCUUUUCCUCCGCCUGUUCGCCUUCUUUUAGAGAUGGGAGUGCUCAUGAAGGCUAUCACUUGCUUUGUAAUCCUGGGCUACAUACACAAUGCAUUUUCAAGAACUCCCAUAAACUGUUUGGACCACAUAAAGGACCAGUGGCCUAGAGAUGGAGUGCUCAGAGUAGUCAUAUCACGAAAUGCAGCUGUUAGCAGAUUAUCUGAAAAUGAUACAACAAGAACUAAUUUCACUAAUUCUGCUAACAUUACAGAAAAUAUCCUUGUAAAUAUUAGUAAUGUGGGAGCCAGUCUGAAAUCAGAAGAGAAUUAUUCAUCAUCUGUUGGCAAUGUGUAUGAUCAUUCAUCUGAUAAUGUGCCACAGAAGAACCAUCUUCCUGUUAGGGAUACUGUGGUGCCCAGUGCUUUUGAACUGUUAGCACCAAUCAAGAUUGAAGAGGAAAGAAAAGAAGAAUAUGCUGUUGAAUAUGCCUUAGAGUAUGGUUUUCUUAGACUUUCUUCAGAAUCUAGAAAAAAGCUAGGAAUUCCUGUUUUGGUCGUUGAACUUGACCCUGCAGUGGAGCAGUGUUUUGGAGAUAGUUUGAGUCGUUUCUUGUUGGAUGAGUUCCUUGGAUAUGAUGAUGUAUUGAUGUCAAGUGUCAAAAGGCUGGCAGAAUAUGAAGACAACAAAGGUUACCUACGUAAUGUUGUGACUGGAGACCAUUUUCGCUUUGUCAGUAUGUGGAUGGCACGCACAUCAUACUUGGUGGCUCUUGUUCUUAUGUUCAUUUUUACAAUCUCAAUUUCAAUGCUUUUGCGGUAUUGUCAUCAUCAAAUCUUUGUCUUCAUUGUGAAUUUGCUUCAGAUGUUGGACUUAAAUGUGACAAUAGCAUUUCCUGCAGCACCUUUGUUCACAGUUAUUCUCUCUCUUGUGGGGAUGGAAGCUAUCAUGUCAGAGUUUUUUAAUGACACAACAACCAGCUUUUACAUCAUCCUGAUAGUAUGGACAGCUGAUCAAUAUGAUGCCAUUUGCUGUCAUACUCAGCAAAGUAAAAAGUUCUGGCUCAGGUUCUUCUACUUGUAUCAUUUUGCAUUUUAUGCAUAUCAUUAUCGUUUCAAUGGUCAGUACAGUGGACUUGCCCUUGUUACUUCAUGGCUAUUUAUUCAGCAUUCCAUGUUAUUUUUUUUCCAUCACUAUGAAUUACCAGUAAUCCUGAGUCAUCAGGCAGAUCCUGAAGAGGACCUCUUGGCAGAUCCUAUUGCUGCCCUCACUGAUGAGGUCAAUAUGCCUGCUAUAGAUGAACUUGCCAAUCAUCCUCCACUGGAGAAUAAUCCACAGCCUGAUGUACGGAUUAAUGAAUAUGAAAGAGAGGUUCCUCCAAGUAUUAACAGCAGAGAAACAAGUCACUCAACUACUGAAGAAGGAGCUGUUCCAGUCAAUUCAUCAUUAACAAGAAGACACUGGGCAGGUGCAGGCAAUACAGGGGAUGAUACUGAAAGUUAUCAGGGACACCACACAUGGCCACAGCAAUAUGAAGGAAGUGCCAGAACAUCAACAGCCCAAAGCUCAUCUUGAAUGAAAAUUGAGAAAAAGUCUUGCAGUCCCUUUUACUGAGGAAGUCAUAAUCCUGCAGAAGAUGCCCCUCUGUCCAUCAUUAAUUAAUGAAUGACAACUGUGACAGUUUGAAAAUUUGAUUUAAUUAAAUGUCAAUCAUUAGUCAUGUGAAAACUGAGAUGUAUUCACCAGGAUCAUCAACCCAACAUUAUGAUUUCAGUAUACACAAUGAUCUUCCAAUUAGUGUUUGACAUGCAUGUCAAAUGCUUCCUAUUUGAUGUAUAGUACAAUUUAAGUUGAAUACAAUAUUGUCUUGACUAUCCAAGAAGCAAUAUAAUGCUGGUGUACUGUUUGCUUUUAGUGGCUAACCAUCAAGAUAUUACUAUUCAACAAAAUUUCAAAUCUUAUUGGCCACCAUUUAUAGGGGAACUCGAUGAAACAAAUCCCACUGAAGCAGACACUGGGACAGCAAAUAGUAUUUACUAAGCUAAUGGUAAUUAAUUUUAUGGAGGUGAAUCCUGAUGUAAUGUAAUUAUGCUUUGUACCCUAUCAUCAGUUUGCAUAUUCUCCAUGCUCUUCCUCAGACAUUUUCUGAAGUGCCGACAAGGGAAGUUUGUUUAGAAAUGAAGAAAUUCUUUAGUUAGUGAUCAUUUCCUUUACUCUCAUGACAUUUAUAUGUGAUCCAGGGGUGAUAUUGCAAGGAGAAAUUAGAUGCUAGUAGUCUUAAGGGUCAGAGGAUUAAGGUGGCAUUUUGUUACAGUGGAUUUUCUUUAGUUAAUGGUCCACAACAUCAAUGUGAUAUUGAAUUGCGCUGUACCUUUCACCCUCUGAUUGGCCAGUUAGAUAUGAAUUUGAUAAUUCCUUGUCUGACAGUAAUCAACCUCAUUCCUAGGGUCCCAUCUUCCCUAUCUUCACUAAGAUGAAAAGACAGCUUGGCAUCUGGAUGUGGGUGCAUCCUAGUGAAAGAGUCAACCAGGAAAAACUCUUUCUUUCAAUCAGUCUUUAAAUGUUGAGGUCAAGUCGCUGGUAGAACUUUGAAGUUGCUCAAUAUGAUAUUUACACACUCAAACAAACAAGCGAGACUCAAGUGGUAUUAAUACUGAGCAAAUUCCUAACUAUAUAACCUAUAAAAUGAUCUCUUAAUUUACUUUCUUUAUUAACUGCAGUAGUUAAAGAAUUCAGGGGGGGAGGGGGAGUUUUCUAAUGGAACUUAAGCAGCAAACAUGGUUAUUUAAGUAUCACAAAAUGCUUCCAGUGAGUGGGAGCAUUAGUGAAACUUAUAACAUUAAACAUUGAUUGUACAGAAUAUUGUAGAAGUAAACUUUGUGAUGGGGAUGAUUGUAAUAUGUUGUGAAACUUAAUUGAACAUCUGUUGAAGAGAUGCUAUAUACACAGUAUUUUUGCUGUUCCUGUAUUUUUGAAGUUGAUUGGGCAGGCACUUGUACAAAGGCAGUGGUUGAUAUUAGCAUGUCCCAAGAAGCUUGUAUUAUAAUAAAGACUUGAAGUUUA